AAUUACUGCGUACGGACAAACAGAACAGCGUUUUGCUUUGCUCUAUAGAUGGCCUUGGCAAUUUUUUGAAUAUCAGUAGAAGCAGUAGAAGUAUAACAAUGAGAAGCGUUUGAGGCAAGCGUGCGAGUUGAUGCGUUUUGUUAAGAUUUUGAUACAGCCUUGCCAGAUUACUUGUGAUUUGUCCUUUGUGAUUGAUCUGUGACUGGAGAACAAGUGCCUUAUUUCAUCAAGUCGGCGGCCCAUCACAAUCUACGUUUUUUGGUGGGAUUCAAUUCAAGACUUCUAAUCUAAGACUUUCACCUGUCUCCUGCAAGCAAUCAGUCUGUCAGAAUUCCAGAAACCAUGAAGGAGGCGGUGGGGGUUCACUGGUUCCGUCACGGGCUGAGGCUGCACGACAAUCCUGCGCUGUGCCAGCUGCUGGAGACCUGUAACAAGGUCUACCUCAUUUUCAUCUUUGAUGGAGAAAGUGGAGGAAUGCGUCUGAGCGGGUACAACCGCCUGGCGUUCCUGCUGGAGUCUCUGACGGACCUGGACCGCCAGCUGCGGCUCCGCGGCGGACGGCUGCUCACCAUCCGCGGAAAACCGACGGACGCUCUCCAGCUGAUGAGGACAGAGUAUGGCAUGACACACCUCAGCUUUGAACAGGACUGUGAGCCGGUCUGGGCGCCACGCGACGAGCUGGUGCGCGCCUGGUGUGACGAGCACGCUGUGGAGAUUAUCGAGCGUAUCUCGCACACCCUCUGGGACCCGGCAGAGGUGAUCGAGGCCAACGGGGGCGAGCCGCCGCUCACCUUCUCAAUGUUUCACCAAGUGGCCAUGUCGAUCGGCCUGCCGCCGACCCCGGAGGGUGACCCGGUGUUCAGAGCCGGCCAGCUGGCCGUGGCCGACCCGACCCGGCCCCACGGACACCCGGUCCAGCUGUUUGACGAAGUGCCGCCCGUGUCUGAACUGAGCGACCUGAAGCCGUCACCGGGCGAGCACAAGAAGCGCUACCAGGGCGGCGAGACGCGGGGCCUCCAGCUACUGGCCGAGCGGGUUGCCUGGGAGGAGCUGGCUCUGAGCCGUGGUAUCGUGAUGCCCAACCAGUACUGCCCGGACCUGCUGGGACCGCCCCGCAGCAUGUCUGCCUACCUGCGACACGGCUGUAUCUCAGUCAGACGGAUGUACCACCAGAUCCAGAAGGCGUUCCAGGCGUGCACUGACGCCCAGGGCCACUCGCUCAGCAUCUGUGUCCAGCUCGUCUGGCGAGAGUACUUCUACACCAUGUCCGUCAAGAACCCCUACUAUGAUCAGAUGGAGCCGAACCCGAUCUGCCUGAACAUCAACUGGCGCACCGACGACCAGCAGCUGCAGCAAUGGAAGGAAGGACAGACGGGCUACCCGUUCAUCGACGCCGCCAUGCGACAGCUGAUCCAGGAGGGCUGGAUCCACCACGUGGCCCGGAACGCCACCAGCUGCUUCCUAACCCGGGGUGACCUCUGGCUCAACUGGGUCGACGGACUGAGGGUGUUCCAGGAGUACCUGCUGGACGCUGACUGGUCGGUCAACGCCGGCAACUGGAUGUGGGUCUCAUCGUCCGCCUUUGAGAACUUCCUGGACACCUCUGACACCAUCUCACCGGUCAACUACGGGCGGAUGUUUGAGCCCACCGGCGAGUACAUCAGACGCUACGUGCCGGAGCUGCGCCAGAUGCCGACUGAGUACAUUUUCUCGCCGUGGGAGGCGCCGCUGUCAGUUCAGCGCGAGGCGGGCUGCAUCAUCGGCAAGGACUAUCCGUGCCGCAUGGUCAACCACGAGGUGGUCUCACGUCACAACCGAAAGCUGAUGUCCAAGAUUGCCGAGCAGCUGGGCACCUGUCCGCCCCACUGCAUGCCCGCCGGAGACGCAGAGGUCAAGCACUUCUUCGGCCUGCCGGGCGCCUCCCUGGAGGAUAUGCUGGGCGGACACUAGAGCGGACACUACUCACCGGUAUAGUGGCCGUCUUCGGGCUGACGUGACCCGGGCUAUCGAGGUUUGACCGACUAUCAAACUGUCGAAAGCUGUACCAGAGGCUCUGCGGGAAUGGUGAAUGGUGGGAUGCUCUUAUACUGAUGAAAACCGAGCCACGUUGGGCAGAACUGCGGGCUGUGGUAUCUCCGUACCUACGUAUUUGGCCAGGAUAGUACUCGGUUAGAACAUAUCACUUACAAGACAAUACUUAAACCAUCACGCCGCAUAACAUGGUUAUUGGGUAGGCUGUUUCGUCAUAGGAUGCUUUCACCACACCACAGAACAUAGUGCAAAUUGAUUUGGCAUUGGUUGUGAGACAUUUUUCACAAUAACUGGGCGCAGUCACUUUUGUAGACGAAAUGAUUCAGUACAUAAGGACGGUCAACUUCACUGCCAGACAAUCACCUAUGCUAAUCUACAGAAUACUGCACGUUUGUGCAGCGUUGAAGUCUAACACUUAACACUGGCUAUAAGAAUCGUACGAAGCUUCCGUCUUUUCCUAACAGCGUGGCUACCAGCGAUCAAGUCGAGUGAUUUAGCCAGAAACCUACCCAUAUCUUCCUCUGGUUGUCCUCUGAAGCCUGUAAAAGUUCGGUCUAGAUGACUGUUUCAUGUGCUAUAGUAUUUUUCUGUUUAUUGAAGUGCCAGUUCAGUUCUAGAUGUCAUCGGUGUAGCUUAAGAUGUAAGGUUAGGCUCCUGAAUGUUUUCAAUAUGUCGUAAUUUAGUGUGUGUAGAAGCUGACAGGCUGACCUGGUGACUACUGGUUGUUCCUGUCCUAGGAAUCAGUUCUGAAGUGUUUGGGAACGGUGUAUGGAACGGGUAUCACGAAAUGCCGCAUUAUUUUCGUAGCAAGCGGAAGUAAUGGAACAGAGGUCCUUUGCAGACAUAGUUAAUUGGCAAUCAUCUGGCAGUACUGCUCCUUCCAAGCAUACUACAAUACGUGUAUCAGUGUUUUGAUGUUCAGUGUGCUGUCUACAGGCCAUAGCUUAAUAGCAGUGUAAAAGACAUUUCACGAGCUUCAUGACAGGUACAAUGUUGUGGUUAGAUUUUGUUCAAUGGGCAUUGUCAGAUAUAUUUAGGCGCCGUCAGAUAUAUUUAGGGAAGUACACACUGAAUAUAUUUUCAGUUCCGUAGUGGCUCCCACGUUGAUCUGUGUUAUAUUACUUUGCAUGCGCAACCCCCAUCCUACCCGUCAGUAUAUCCGUAUUCCUACAUACAUCAAUGUUUUGUGUAGUGUUUUCUACGUGGCAGUGUUGUGUUAGUAGCCUCAGUAUCUAAUCUCAGUGUACUUUAGCACUAACAGGUGGUAGCGAAUCACUCUGAGCACCGCGUCUUAAGUCUCCACUCUGUCGUGUGUGUGAACCGUCUCCUCCGAGCAGCCAGGCUCGAAUAGAAGAUCGCUACAAUCAGUAUCUUGUCGGAGGCCUGUCCGUCUAUGAACAUCCAUCUUCUACAAACAGCGUCAGUCUCCAUUCCGUCCGAACUCGCCCGCUGGCGACCGUGGCAUUUCCUCUCCUCGAUGGCCAUCCGAUUCUAUGGCGUCCUCCACUGAUCGUUGUCCUAAGCGUCGGACCAUGACAUCUCAUGUGCUAGCUGUCUGCAGUGUGAUUGGCUCAAUUCUGGCUGUUCCAUAAUAUCUUAUAGAUGUGGUGUGCUGUAUUUAUCGAUGUAUUGGUUGGGGUAGUUAGGACACCCAUCAGAAGAUGUAUUUAUUUCGUAUUUUCAACGCAACUUAGCGUCAUUCGUGUUCUGGAAAAUCAAAAUUAUGACGGCUCAAUGUAUAUUGUAUGACGUGUGUAUUUUCGGAAAAAUAAAGUUUUUCUUUUGUACAAA